GUAGGUCGAGGCAACGAUCGAACUUCCAGUAGUUCCAAAAGUUAUCGAAAAGCCUGAUGAAAAGCCGGAGGCACAUCGUGAGAUCACAUACACAAAAGAUCUGUCUUUGAUGACAGAAGAGGAAAAGGCUGAACAACUGCGAAUCGAGCAAGAAGAAGCUGCCAAAGCCGUCAAGAAGAAGGUGAUCAAAGACGGGCACAGUGAAAAGGCUGCCCCAGUACUCAUACCACAAAGGGUUGUCCCUGCAGAAGAAAUGGUGCCUCUUGAUGAGAGUGGGGUGAUUCCAGAGGAGGAAAUCUGUGAGUUGGAGCCAAAACCAUGUGAAGAAGAGAAGGUAACCAUGUUGUUCCUGAAAUCCUCAUACAUAAAGUGGAGUUCAAGAUUUUUGCCCACUUUACUUGUAGGGAACGCCUGA